AUGAACAGCACGGUAAUGAGCACCACCAGCGUCAUCGAUUACGCUUGGAAAGUGAGUCAAGAGGACUCGACGAUUCAGAACUGCGAGGCGGAUCUGCCGAUCGUCUCGCUGGUUAAUCAGAUCCUCUAUUCCAUCGUGUGCAUCGUCGGCCUGCUGGGUAAUACCCUGGUAAUUUACGUGGUGCUGCGAUUCUCGAACAUGCAGACGGUCACCAACAUGUACAUCGUCAAUCUCGCGAUAGCCGACGAGUGUUUCCUGAUCGGCAUACCGUUCCUGGUCACCACGAUGAGCCUGCGCGGCUGGAUCUUCGGCAAGAUCAUGUGCAAGGCUUACAUGACCACCACGAGUAUCAACCAGUUCACCAGCAGCAUCUUCCUCUUCAUCAUGAGCGCCGAUCGCUACAUCGCCGUGUGCCAUCCGAUCUCCUCCCCGAAGAUACGCACGCCGUUCAUCUCGAAAGUGGUCUCGCUGACCGCGUGGGUCACCAGCGUGCUCUUCAUGAUCCCCAUAUUCCUGUACGCGAACGCGAUGGAGUCGGAGAGGGGUAUCAACUGCAACAUCUACUGGCCCACCGAUCGGGGAGGUCACACCACCUUCACGCUAUACACCUUCAUUUUGGGCUUCGCCAUUCCGCUGAUCCUCAUACUGAUCUUCUACUUCCUGGUGAUCAGGAAAUUACAGACGGUGGGUCCCAAGAACAAGUCGAAAGAGAAGAAACGAUCGCAACGCAAGGUGACCAAGUUGGUGCUGACGGUGAUCACCGUCUACGUACUCUGCUGGUUACCCUAUUGGCUGAUGCAGGUGGCUCUGAUCUACACGCCGCCCAAGCAGUGUCAGAGCAAAAUCACCAUCACCAGCUUCCUGCUGGCCGGCUUUCUCAGUUACAGCAACAGCGCCAUGAACCCGAUCCUCUACGCGUUCUUGAGCGACAACUUCAAGAAGAGCUUCCUGAAGGCGUGCACCUGCGCCGUCGGCAAGGACGUGAACGCCACUCUGCACAUCGAGAACAGCGUGUUUCCGCGGAGGAACAAGGCAAACGCCGAGAGACUUCAAGCGAAUCGACUGGCCGCUUCGGGACAAUCCAGGCUGGAGCUCGAAGACGAGGAUGCCGAGAGAGGACUGCUGAUCAGCAAGACUUCCACGACCACGGUGACCAUGACGUCACGAUCGAACAUCACCAUAGGCAACGACUCGAAGGAUCAACCGCAGCGGGAGAAGGAUUCGAUGAAGAACGGAGCACAGCUGACUCUGUUGACGCAGGUGUAG